CUUCCGCUCAGCCUUACUGCAACACCAUACUCAACUUUUCGGACUCUGUGAAGAUGACUGAUGAGUGGUUGACCAGCAGACUGAAACUAUGCCAGCUGACCACUGACCCAAAGACUGACACAUCGAAUGUAUGGGAUCCAGUGGAAAUGAAGCUUAAUACCCAGUCAUACCCUCAACCCAAUUAUGACCAAUCAUCUAUUUUCUUCACACUGGAGGCAUAUAGUAGUGCCUUGGAUGACUUGCGGCAUGGGAGAUGUGAUCAGAAAAAGGAAUCAAGGUGUCAACAUCUAGAAUCCAAGCCAGCACAGACUGAACAGGCACAUAACAUUCAAGAAUUUGCUGAUAUGUUAUCAAGAGACAUACUGGAUACAUUGGUGAGGAGAAGAGGUAUCCAAUCCAAUAAAGACGGAAUGAUGAUCCACCCUGAUAAAAUAUGUAACAUCACUGAUCACUCUGAUGUGACCAAGUGGACAAUUAGCAAUCAGGAAAAGCUAGCUCAGAGGUUAGCAUUUGAGAUCUAUGGCAGUGCAUUGGAAGAGGUAGCCAGGCAUAGUGGCCUCACGGGUGGCAAGUCUGUAGAAUUGUCAGAUGUUCUUCAAGAACAGACAGAGGAGAAAGAUGGCAUUAGUGAUCUCCACAGUCAACCAUGUUCUUCCAUGCACUGCUGUGACCAGGAACAGCCUGAUAUGGAAGUAGAUCCCAAGCCAGAAGGAAAUGAAAGCACACACAACCGUGAAAGAACUUUUCAUGAGCCACGUUCUGCAGUCCGUCAGUCUGAUUUUACUAUAUACUCUAGUGCACUGAAUGAUAUGGCCAAUAUGGGCUCCCUCGACUACCCUGAUGCCCCUCCAACCACUCCAUUACUCCCUGAGAUGAUGAAGAGUCGUGCUAGCUUCUCCAGGAAGCUGAAAGGAGGACUAGCAAAAGAGUUCCUCCCCUCAACCCCUCCUCCAACCCCUAAAGAUCAACAGACCCUAUCAGGGGACAAAAUCACAGAAACUGCAGCAGACAAAUCAGAGUUUAUGGUCCGCUUGAUGCGAUCCCUGUCACUAGCAUGCUCACAGCAUGGAGACUUGGAUGAGGAACAGGAUGGAAUUGGAGCAGAUGAUGGAAGCAGGUUUCAAAAUGUGAUUUCCACAUUGUCAGACUAUGCAGCCCAGAUGUCUGCAGAUAUCAUCAACUGCAUUACCAUGGCCCAACCAAGCACCAAUAUAAAUCGAGAAACACCUGUCAGAGGUGUGCAGCUCAUGGCCAACCAUUUGGCAGAAGAGAUCAUUAUAAUUUCCAUAGCAGAGGUGAUGGAGAACAAGAGUCUGGGCAGAAAAGGGGAGCAAGACAGUCACCUGGCAUACUCAGUUGACGAAAUGGCAUCAUGUUUGGAGACCAGCACACAGAAGACAACCCAAGCAUUAUGUGACACUUUACUGGCAAGGUCAAGUCCAGAUGUCUCUGAUAUGGAGGCACUGAGAGCCUUAGCUGGCAGGCUAAUUGCAAGCACUCUGGCUCAGGCUUUCUCUAAGUUGGGAAGAGGUACAUUACAACAUGCCACAAGUCAACAGCUUCUGGGAGAAACAUCAGAACCAAGGCCAUCUGAAGAACGAAGAGUUCAUGACCAUAAUUUGUGUCUGAACACCACAAAGUCUAAACAAACCACAUCCAUUGAAUGCUCUAAUGGAGAAUUGGUGCAUGACUACAGCAUGCUUUAUUCCAGAACUGAGGCUUUAAUAGAUGAAUACUGUUUAGCUGAAAGGAUUGCCCAUGAAGUGCUUGAGUGCUCCAUAAAAGAAGCCUCCAACUCUCUCUUCAGCUGCCGUCAACUGGCUGUUGAUUCAGAGGGGCUCCAUUCACCAGUAACGUCUCUGGAAAGCACAGAACAAGCUGUUCUGAGGGGCUUCAUUUCUGAUGAGCUGUGUCAAGAUAUAAAAGAGUUACAAUGUGUCCUGAUCUGGGCUGCAGCAUCCCAUGCUGGAAUCUCAGUGUUACAGCUAGUUGUGCCUGACAACCAUGUUCGACAACAGCUUGGCAGCCUCUCUCUAAAAGCUCAGUUUCAUGGCUGGACGGUGGGAAACCUGAUGACAUCUCUCCUCCAGUACUGUGAAGAUCUGCAGACUGCCAGCAGGGGGCACCACAAGAGCGACAGGUCUCUCAUGGGGCACCUACUGCCCUGAAUGGGCUAACUUUAGCCUGCUACAGACAGACUUUUGGACUACAACAAAAAGUGUGGAACAGUUUGUGCUACAUUUUGUAGUAGAGUCUUCUCCGGUGUAAGAAGAGAUGCUCAGAAUAUCAAUCACAAAUACUUACAGAUGGUCAUCAGAUGUCAAAUGCUUAUAGUUGAACACCAUUCAGGGCUGAGAUGUUCAUGGAUUACUCUGUGAUGUUGUAACAGAGAUGACUGACACAGACUAGUUAAAACGCAUCUGAAACCUGCACAUGAGAACUUAAGGCUGUGUUGCCAAACAGCGAUCUUAGGAGCAAAGCCAAAGGAGAACUACCUUUGGUUUCCUAAACAAUCUGUCAGUAGAUGUUUUUCUGUAAAUUAGGUGCACAAGUGCAAAAGUUUAAAGACCAUCCACAUAAAGUAAAUGUUCUACAUCAAAUAAAGUUUUCCCUAGUACCAUA